AUGGAAUAUAGAUUUCUAAAUAAAGAACUUCAAAAUCGAUAAGAAAUGAGAAUCAGAGUUAAAUCAAGAUACCGAAAAAUUAGAGAAUACUUAAUGGAACAAGCAAAAUAAAUUCUAGAAUUCAAAUAAUAUAUAUAAGGAACUAAAACCUUUAAAACUGCCAAAAUCUAUCCUGAAUAAUUCAGUGAAUGUUCUUAACCAGAGUAAUCAUAUCUUUCUUAUUUAGGGAAAUUCAUAAAGAGCCAAAAUAGUUCAUUCAAGCUAAAGAGAGUUAAUCUAAUUUAGAUGAAUGCUUUGUUUGA